AUUUGCGCUGGAGACCUCAAGCAGAGACUUCUGCAGUGCAAGAGAAGGACGCGGCUCAAUCAAACUGGCCAUAGACGACGACACAAUACAUAAUGGCGCCCCUAGCCGAAGCAACCGCGCCGACAACGCCCGCCCUCGAGCAGGCCACCGUACUCAAGCAGAAGAUCAUCGAGGAGCCGCAGGAGCCGCAGAGUGAGGCCGCAUGUGAAGAAGACAACGAAGUCGAUGAGCCCUCUACACAGCAAGAGACCGAGGCCGAUGAGGCCCAGGAGCCCCCCAAGAAGCGCGUGCGUUUCGAUUUAGCGGACGUUGUAGAGUUUGAGCCUACCAUGUGGACAGCCACAGUCUCCUCCGAAGGCGUACCGCUCGGUAUGUCUGUGGACGUGCGUCGCCGUACCAAGUGCCCACUGGACACAUACGAGAACGAGCGCGUUUCAUAUCGCGUAGACCGUCAGGAGUACAUGGAGUUGGGCUAUCUCGAGCCUGAAGAGAGACUGGACAUCCUUGAAAACGCCGGCCACUCCAUUUCAAUUAUUAGCCACGUUGAGCGUGAGACGCUACGUAUUAACCGUGAACGCUGGGAAUCCAACGAAUAUGACCUCAUGUACCAGUAUGGACUGGGUGAAGUACCGCUGAUGGAGGACGGCGACAUGGAGAUGAUGCAGCAUGACGACAUCGACGAUAUCAUGCACGUAGACGAUAGCAGCGAGGACGAUUUCUUUUUUGGAGGAGGCGGCCGGAAUAUGGUUGUAGACUCGGAAGUCCGCUUCGCUAUGGAGGACCUGGACGCGUACGACGCCAUCAACACCCGCACUUACGAUGACCUGAGCAUUGAUUACGCCGCGGACUGCAUUCUGGGCGACAACGAGAGCUCAGACGAGAACAAUGAGCUGCCGUACGCUGUUGACUCGUUCGACUCUCCACUUAGUUGCGACCUGCUGGAGAUGGGCACGUCACCUUCCGAUGUGUCGGACUCGUCGAACUGCAUGCUUGUCGCUGCAACAGCCGCAAGUUGCGCUCAGUCCGCUACCGCCACCAGUGCUAGCGCGAGCAGUCCGACAGACGUCGUCAGCUCAGUGGAAACCGCUCCUGUUGUUGCCGUGUAAACUCGUCGGAGAAUUUUUAGACACCGUGCUCGUCUGCCACGGAUGUAGUAUAUGUGCACGCUACGCCUUCCAAGCCGCCCCUGAUCGAGUGAAGUGGCCAAGGUUCCCACCGGUAUUUAGUAAGCAGGGGGAAGGCGCUGCUCCUUUGUAUUUUGCCCCCUUUUGAUUGUUGAUAGCGGAUAGUUUCGAUAGGAUAGCCCUUCUCGUAUUAUUAUUGCUUUGAAGAUUUGUCCCAUGAUGCCCACGUCUCCAUUGUUUCUUCUCCAGAUCCAUGGAC